AUGCAUUUGCAAGGAAAUGACUCAGAGAUUGCAAAGCUAAUAUCUGUUUUUUUGCUCAGAAAAAUUGAGGAUGGAGAACAUAAACUUUCAAUGAGUUUUACUAAGGUUAAUAUGGUUAAUUUAUUCUUGACUCUACAUGUUAUAUGCAUAACUGAUGACUAUUUUAUUCUAUCUAGAAUAUCGAUGAGAGCAAAUGAAAUUGGAUUAGAGUUAAUGUAA